AAAAAAAAAUAUUCAAAUGUAAUUCACCUUUAUUGCGAUGUUUGUGUUUUUUUUUGUUUUGUUGGCAACAUUUUGUUCAUGCGUUCAUAAUAAUUGAAAUAAUCCAGCUGGUUGGACAGGUUCGGUUCGGGUGUUUCGUAUAUAUAUCGUCACCAGAAAAACUUGUAGGAGUAUUCAUAUUUUGUUAUUAGCAUCAAGUUGAUCGAAAACCCAAUUGAACAAUGUCAUCAUCGUCUAUUUGUUUGAUUAUUGUCGUCGUUAUCAUCCAGACAAUGGUAAAUGGAACACCAUCAAAUCUGCAUACAAAAACUCAUCAAAUACAUGAACAUAAUCAAGAAAGAAUUGAUGAUGCUUUCGAAUCACAUGUUCAACAUUCACCAACGGAUGAUGAUCAUGAACUUGAUCAUGAAGCUAUACUUGGUAGUCGACAAACGGCACAAGAAUUCGAAACACUUUCAGUUGAUGAAUCAAAACGUCGUUUAAGAAAAUUAGUUGAAACAGGUAUCGAUGCUGAUCAUAAUGGUUAUGUUGAUCAUGAUGAAUUACAAUCAUGGGUAUUAAAAUCAUUUAAAAAUUUAGCCAUUGAAGAAGGUGAAGAACGUUUAAAUGAAGAAGAUUUAAAUAAUGAUCAGUUUGUUACAUGGGAUGAACAUUUAAAAAUUUCAUUCGAUUUAGAUGAUGAACUUAAGUUAAGCGAUGAAAUGGUAAAUGAAUUUCUUGAAGAGGAUAAAGUUUUAUGGAAAGCUGCCGACUUGAACAAUGAUAAUCGUUUGGAUGCAAAGGAAUUUGCUGCCUUUAAUAAUCCCGAAGAAUUUGAACAUAUGUUUAAAACAUUAAUUGAACAAAUGUUUGAACGUCGUGAUCAAAAUAAAGAUGGUUUUAUUGAUUUUAAAGAAUUUAUUAGCGAUGAAAAUGGAAAUGUACCGGAUUUGAAAUCUGAACAUUAUAUAUCGGAAAAAGAUAAAUUUGAAAAUGAUUAUGAUCAAAAUAAUGAUGGUCGUUUAGAUUUUAAUGAAUGUAUUAAUUGGAUAAUACCGAAUAAUACUGAAAUUGCCAUGAAUGAAGCAUUACAUUUGAUUUCAUCGGCCGAUACAAAUCAUGAUAAUAGAUUAUCCAUUGAUGAAAUUAUUGAUAAUCAUGAUGUAUUUGUUGGUAGUGAAGCAACCGAUUUUGGACAACAAUUACAUACACAUGUUACGGAUGAAUUAUGAAACUGGAAAAAAAAACGAAAAAAUUAUAACCAUGGGAAUAUCUUUGCCAAAAAAGAAAUUCAAUUUU